UACUAACACAACUUCCCCCCUAAACUGAUGCCAACAUACACCCCACAAUUCUCUGCUAAUAUAAUGGCUCAUUCCAUCACGUAAUCCCCCCACUAACCGUUAUUCAUUUUAAUUAAUCAAAACUGCUCACAUUUUUAUCUCCAUUUGCCCCAUUAUUAUACUAACAUAACAGAGAAUUCACAGAGCUCCCUUGUUCCAAAUCCAAACAAAAAAAAAUAUGGGUUCCUCUAAAGUUAUACUCUGCUUAGUGUUCUUACUUUGUUCUGUUAAUUUCUUCAGGGCGUUUGCCACUGAAUUCAAUGUCGGUGGUGACAAAGGAUGGGUCGUUCCUACAGAAAAAGAUGAUCAAUUGUAUAACCAGUGGGCUGGAAAAAAUAGGUUUAAGAUUAAUGACACCCUAAGAUUCGAGUAUAAGAGAGAUUCGGUUCUAGUGGUGACUAAAGAGGAGUACGAAAAGUGCAAGUCGAGUCGUCCAAUUUUCUUCUCCAACAAUGGGAAGACGAUCUAUAUAUUGGAUGAAUCAGGGUUGUACUACUUCAUCAGUGGUGUAUCAGGACAUUGCGAGAGGGGAUUGAAGAUGAUAAUCAAAGUUUUAGAAUCGGCAACUCCUCAAUCUGCUAAUCAUACUUCCUCACCUACUGUUGCUGCUGCUAAUGUGGCUAAUGCUAUACAUGGAAUGAUGCUUGUGGGGGUGCUUAUUGUAGGUGUUUUUAUGUAGUUUGUGAAUAUCUUGAAUGUUUUAAGGUUUUUUUCUAGUUAGGUGUUUGGAGGUGUGCAUUUUUCUUGGUUUUUUCUACUAGUGAUUAUGAAUGAACUUAUGGAAUUUGUU